AUCAAGAAAGAGAAACCAAAAGCCUCGACAGCUUUUGCCUCAAGGUCCACGGGAUCCUAAGGCCAGGUCAUCAUGGGCAGGUGACCAGGACAUUCUGGUUCCAGUUCAACCAUCCCAGCCCUGCGAUUGUGUCUGCAGAAUCACAGGCCGUGGGACAGAAGGCGACUUGUGGCAACAAGAACUUUAUCAGAACCCACAGGAAGCCACCCAGCUGCUCAGUGCCUCCGGCCAACGCCUUCUUCUGAAGAAGUCCCACUUGAGCAGAGGUCAGAGGGAUCCGAGAGGGAGAUGAUGGUGCCCGUGACCCAGGUGCUGGCCUUCGGUGCUUGGCUGGUGGCACAGAGCAUGGCUACAGCAAGUGGCCCCACCAUCUCCAUCUUCCUGAAGCCGCCUGGGACGAUCCCACCGGGAGGCUCCACCACCAUCUGCUGCAGUUGCAAGUGUGACAAUGGGCACUUUGUGCUGUUCAGGGUUGGCCGCAGGGUCGAUAUCCAGCCCAGGCUGCGCGGCGGCACGGCCGAGUUCUCCAUCUCUAAAGCCACCCAAGGGGACGCAGGUGGCUACAACUGUCAUUACGUGGCUGGAGACACUGUGCUGGCUCGCAGUGAAACGGUGGAAGUCCUGGUGACGGAGUUCCGUCUCCCUGAACCUGUCCUCUCUGUCUGGCCUGGGCACGAUGUGGAGGCAGGAGAAGAUGUGGUUUUCCGUUGCACCAUCACACACCCCGAGGCUGGCUGUUACCUCUACCUGGAGGGCUGGCUCACAGAAUUAAAAUUUCUCUCAAACGGAGCAGAUUACAAACUCUCCGGCGUGCACAAAGGCUCCGAGGGUCGCUACAGCUGCCAGUGUAGGGUCGCCAAGGGUGCGUCGUUUGAAUGGUCUGCUGUCAGCAAGCCCCUGGAUUUGACGGUGAGAGAUUACACCUGGACCAACGUGGUGCGCCUGGCGCUGGGGGCCGGGGUCCUGCUGCUGCUGGGGCUGAUCGUGGCCGAGGCCGUGUGCGUGGCCCCCCCCCGGCUGCCGGAGCCGGAGGGGCCAGCACCCUCCCUGUACGUGGAGCUCCCCCUGACUGGGACCAGUAUGGGAGCACUGGGAUUGCCCGCCCCUGGGAGCACUCCGGGAGGAGGGGGGCCGGGGCCUGGGGAGGGGGAAUCACAGGCCGUGGGACAGAAGGCGACUUGUGGCAACAAGAACUUUAUCAGAACCCACAGGAAGCCACCCAGCUGCUCAGUGCCUCCGGCCAACGCCUUCUUCUGA